AUGAACUGGAGAGGUCAAAGGCUUGGUGGUGGCAGGAGGAUCAACGGUUACAGGGGUCUCAGGAGCAGUGGCCAGUUGAGAGAGGAGGGCGGUGGCAUGGGAGAGGCGAUGAGAGCGAGAGAGGCAGGAGAGGAGGAGGGAGAGCGUUGCCGUGCCGCACGGAAUGCUCGCCCUGUGCAUAUCAUCGACCAAUCGCAGCGCAGCAUCUGGCAUGUAAGCUCGCGUGUACCCCUUAAGAAGAGCGUUACAGGCAUCACGGUCAAGGCGACGGGUGGGUGCAGGCACGCAGAGAGGAGAACGCCUCUUCUGCCAUGGCUAUAUCCCCAGCCGCCACAUGCGUUGCUAAAGCCGCCACAUGCGUUGCUAUGCGCGCCACAUGCAUGGGUCGAGUCUCGACCACCCUCCUCCACAUACCCUCCACCUCCCCCCCGCCCGUCCCAUGGCCAUCCACAGCGCAGCGCAAGCAGCAGGGGACGUCGCCAAGCCAUCGACCAGCAGGGCGUGGGAAGUUUUUUCUGCCCGGGACAGCUGCCCGGUGUGAAUGAAGACACGGAGGAGGAUGGAGUGGGUUUGGGCGGAGGGCAGCAGGCGGUGGUGGUGCUGCAUGGCGUGCAGGAGCGGAGGCGAGGCAUGAGAGGGAGAGGGGGGGGCAUGGUGGCGGAUGAAUGA